UCUCUCUCCGCCAUAUAUUUAAAAGAGCAGCGAUCAACCAUCUUGACACCUAUGAUCUGCAUCUCUCACAGACUUUCUACCACAAAAUUCCAUGCCAUACACAGACACGCUGAAGAUGAUCGCGCAUUGCAUUCUUUUCGCUCUUUGCUUCACAGCUGUCAGCGCCCAGUCAGCGUCUGAUCUUGUAGGGACAUGGUCCACCAAAUCCCGCGGCGUCAUCACAGGUCCGGGAUUCUAUAACCCUGUCAAUGAUUCGUUCUUCGAACCGAAGCAUACUGGUUUCUCGUAUUCCUUCACUUCCGACGGACACUUUGAAGAGGCAUACUAUCGCGCUCUUGCUAAUCCGACGAGCCCUGAUUGUCCCAGGGGUAUCAUACAGUGGCAGCAUGGCACUUAUUCCGUGAACAGCGAUGGCACACUGACGUUAAAGCCGAUUGCCGUUGACGGCCGACAGCUCUUGUCGGAUCCAUGCGGUAAUCAAGACGAGGCAACCUACACAAGAUACAACCAGACCGAGAGUUUUAUGUCGUUCGACGUCUACAAAGACCCCUACCACGGAGUCCAGCGCCUGGACCUUAAAUCUGUUGAUGGAUCUCCUCUGCAUCCGAUGUACCUCGUCUACAACCCGCCGCAGAUGCUGCCCACCUCUACCUUGAAUCCAGUGGUUACCGAGACCGCAAAGGCAAAGAGAAGCUUCAUUCAUGGAGUUGAGCCGCCAAAGGAUGCGAACACGUUUGGAACGCUCGAGAAUAUCAUGGAUCCGGACCGAUUUUGGUGGAUUGGCCUCGUCGUGACUUCUGUCGGUGCUCUCGGGCUGCUCCUCUUUUAAGUGUGACACUUUGCGAGUUAAAUAACACUGGGAAUGGCGUAUAGACGUGGGAUAUUGUUCAAUGUGUUUGGCGUUUUUGAGAGACAUGUACUAUAUAUGAUUCAACGACUUUGUUUGCAUUCAUCGGGCGCCUGAGAAAAUCCAGCUUCUCGCGUCAUUGUGGAUUGAUAUUUCCUGGAUAUAAUAAUGCAUCCGAACACUUUUCAUUGCCAUGAGAGAGCUAAUAGACGC